AUGUUUGUGAAAGCAAAGCUCACACUGGCCAGGUCCCUGACCAAUCACAACACACCUUACUAUCAGGUCCUGGACCCAACUCCUCACAGCUCACACUGGCCAGGUCCCUGGACCAAUCACAACACACCUUACUAUCAGGUCCCUGGACCCAACUCCUCAGCUCACACUGGCCAGGUCCCUGGACCCAACUCCUCACAGCUCACACUGGCCAGGUCCCUGACCAAUCACAACACACCUUACUAUCAGGUCCCUGGACCAAUCACAACACACCUUACUAUCAGGUCUCUGACCAAUCACAACACACCUUACUAUCAGGUCCCUGGACCAAUCACAACACACCUACUAUCAGGUCCUGGACCAAUCACAACACACCUUACUAUCAGGUCCCUGGACCAAUCACAACACACCUUACUAUCAGGUCCCUGGACCAAUCACAAUACACCUUACUAUCAGGUCCCUGGACCAAUCACAACACACCUUACUAUCAGGUCCCUGGACCAAUCACAACACACCUUACUAUCAGGUCCCUGGACCCAACUCCUCACAGCUCACACUGGCCAGGUCCCUGGACCAAUCACAACACACCUUACUAUCAGGUCCCUGGACCAAUCGCAACACACCUUACUAUCAGGUCCCUGGACCCAACUCCUCACACUGGCCAGGUCCCUGGACCCAACUCCUCACACUGGCCAGGUCCCUGGACCCAACUCCUCACAGCUCACACUGGCCAGGUCCCUGGACCAAUCACAACACACCUUACUAUCAGGUCCCUGGACCAAUCACAACACACCUUACUAUCAGCUGUGUUUUCCAGUGAGCCUCCAGACCAGAGAUGGUUUGGUCAGCGGAGGACCUGUGGUCGACUGUAGAGGACUGUUAGAGAAUGAGGGGCCUGUGUUUGAGAGCUGUUUCAGUGAGGAGCCGCUGCCGUACUCAGACCCCACGGGCGCCGCUGGGGGCGGGACCUGUCCACCGGAUUCACCCAACCAGGAGAACCGGCUCCAGGCUCAGCGAAUCAGAGGCCAGGAUUCCCAAAGACACACCCACACCCCUCAGAACCGACCGCAUGGCAACCAAUCACCUGAUCUGCCUGAGGGAUACGAGCAGCGCACCACGGUGCAGGGACAGGUGUAUUUUCUUCACACACAGACGGGAGUCAGCACCUGGCAUGACCCACGCAUACCCAGGGACCUGGCCAGUGUGAGCUGUGAGGAGUUGGGUCCGCUGCCGGCCGGCUGGGAGGUGAGGAGCACGGUGUCGGGAAGGAUCUACUUUGUGGAUCACAACAACCGAACAACGCAGUUCACUGACCCCCGGCUACACACCAUCAUCAGCCAACACUCCCAGGUGAAGGAUUCGUCUCAGCCGCUGGGUGGGGGAGGCGGGAGAGAGAUGGAGGUGGGAGGGGAGGAGGGAGGAGAAGGGGAGGUGACACUGCGUUAUGAGAGAGACCUGGUCCACAAACUGAAGCUGCUCCGACACGAGCUGUCACUACAGCAACCACAGGCCGGACACUGUCGCAUAGAGGUCUCACGAGACGAGAUCUUUGAGGAGUCUUAUCGUCAGAUCAUGAAGAUGAGACCCAAGGAUCUGAAGAAACGACUGAUGGUGAAGUUUAGAGGAGAGGAAGGACUGGACUACGGAGGAGUGGCAAGGGAGUGGCUGUACCUGCUGUGCCAUGAGAUGUUGAACCCGUACUACGGCCUGUUCCAGUACUCAACAGACAACAUUUACACACUACAGAUCAACCCUGACUCCUCUAUCAACCCUGACCACCUGUCGUAUUUCCACUUUGUGGGUCGUGUGAUGGGCCUGGCAGUGUUCCACAGUCACUAUAUCAACGGAGGCUUCACCCUGCCCUUCUACAAGCAGCUGCUGGGCAAACCUAUUAUGCUACAAGACCUGGAGACCACUGAUCCUGAACUUCACAAGAGUCUGGUCUGGAUACUGGAGAAUGACAUCUCGUCGGUUCUAGAUCAUACGUUCUGCGUGGAACACAGUGCCUUCGGGAAGUUCCUUCAACACGAGCUGAAACCCAACGGUCAGAACCUCCCGGUAACCGAGGACAACAAGAAGGAGUACGUGAAGCUUUACGUUACCUGGAGGUUUAUGAGGGGGAUCGAGGCUCAGUUCUUAGCUCUGCAGAAAGGAUUCAGCCAACUGAUUCCUCAACACCUCCUCAAACCAUUUGACCACAAGGAGCUGGAGGACCAUGGCUCCCAGUACUGCAGUGACCUGAGACCUGAUGCCUUGAGGGGCUACUUUAGCAGUCAGAGGAUCUCUGACCUGGACCUGAUGCCUUUAGCUCCCAGUACUGCACUCAGUGGGCUACAGGACCACGGCUCCCAGUACUGCAGUAUGAGUGAUCUCUGA